AUGACAGCUUCGUUCUAUUCCCGUUAUGUUCCACCCAGGAAUAGUUUUUCAUCAAAAUCUGAUAUUUUUGUCACUCCACCCGCAUCGGCAAAACGCAAGGGAAAUCUAGCACUGACCAGCGAUGCUUCAAUCCCGGUUGCCGACCCGUCCAAGAAGGCAAAGAAUCAGGAACAGAACAAGAAAUCGGAUAAUUUUUCCUUGGUCGAACCGUUUCAACGGCCCCAGGAUAAGCCGCAUGAGGCAGGUUCGGACCCCUGCUCGAAAGCUAAAUGUCAUAUUUCUCCGUCCGCAAGGGAGAAGAAGCAGGAUCGGAUACGGACCACAUACAAUUCGCCAGAAGGGCGGAAACAGAGCAAGGAUACGGAAAAGGACACCUGUGGAAAUUCAGGAUAUCAACAAAAAGUUUCGGCAUUUACAGAUUCAAUAGGCGGUGCACGGAAUCAAUGUGUACAGCUAAAUGGAGGAUGCGGAAUGGAAUUACCAACAAAGGGCAGUAAAAAAAGGAAAUUGGAACAGGAUGAUGAUGCGGAAGAUAAACAGGAAUCAAAAAAGCAUGCUAGGAUUAUGUCGAAGUUUGAAACGGCCAAGUUCAAAUCCCGGUCUGCGGUUUCUGAGAAAGGAGCAUCAAACCCUGCGAAUAGCCAUAACAACAGGGAGGAGGAAAUUGUCCCACAUGGACUUGAACCUCUCCCACAACCGGCCCAAGCUCCUGUUGAUAAUGAAACUCCGACAUACAGUACCCUCCCCGCUUGGCUUACUGAACCUUUCGAUGCCCCUGUCUCAGUACAGCAAAACUUCUCAGACCUAGGUGUAAACCCAAGGCUUGUUUCAAUUCUUGAGAAACGCGGAUAUAUCCGGGCUUUCCCGAUCCAGGCUGCAGUCUUUGAAUUGCUUUCUAAGGGAGAAAAUCGACAUCCAGGGGACCUUUGCAUCUCGGCCGCUACAGGCUCUGGCAAAACUCUUGCAUACGCCCUCCCAAUGGUGGAGGGUAUCGAACAAUCUGCCAUACCUAAAUUAAGGGGACUGGUCAUUGUACCUACGAGGGAACUAGUUAAGCAGGCUCGUGAUGCUUGUGAGCUCUGUGCAACCGGAACUGGCCUCCGCAUCGGAACUGCCGUUGGUACGACCUCGUUGAAGGAGGAACAAGCUUUGUUGAUCAAGCGCGACCAACUUUAUUCUCCCUUCGCCAGUCAAACGUUAUCUGUACAGUCGAUGUCUUCCGAGGAUUGGGCUGCGUUCAACGUUCAGGAGUACAUAGCUGAAGCUAAUGUCUCUCAUACAGCCCUUCCCAAUCACGUUACAACUUCAUCGCCUUGUAUUGAUAUCUUGAUAUGCACACCAGGCCGGCUUGUUGACCAUAUACGAUGUACUCAGGGUUUCACAUUAGAACAUCUGGAAUGGCUAGUGGUUGAUGAGGCUGACCGACUACUAAAUGAAAGUUUCCAAGAAUGGACUGAGGUUGUUUUCCCCGCACUAGAAAUGGAAAGAAUCGUUUCCAACAGCAAAAGUGGAUUUUUUCUAAAUCAAUUAGGAUGCCGAAUCCAUAGGCGCCAGCUCCAGAAAAUCAUCCUUAGUGCCACGGUGACAAGAGAUAUCCCCAAACUUAAUUCUUUACGGUUGCGAAAUCCAAAGCUUGUUGUUCCUGAGUCACAUGAAAUCAACGAUACUCCAUUCGCCUCUCAAGAGCAGAGUGGAGUUGCUGCUAUGGCUCCAAGCGCUAAUCAUGCCUUUAGGUUACCUUCCACACUUUGCGAAAUGUUUGUUCCAGUUGGUGAUGGUGCAGCUAAGCCACUCUACCUCCUUGCUCUCUUGCUUUCCCAUUUUAAAUCCGAGAGGGAGGAUGCUGUCGCUCUUCCGGAACAACAAUCCAAUUACAGCACGUCAGACACAGGUUCCAUCGGCCCUUCUCCAAGUUUACCCGAUGACAAUAUUUUGGAUUCGUCAUCUGCCUCAGAUACAGCUUCUAGUGCCGAUACCUCAGAAGCGUCCAUGACCUUCAACAACUCCCCUGACCAUAAAGUACCGACUGUGUCUUCUGUUCUAGUGUUUACGAAAUCCUCCGAAUCAGCAUCAAGAUUGGCCCUCCUGCUGGCGCUUAUGCACCCGCCACUUGCCAAGCGUAUUGGAACCCUGACAAAAUCUAAUAAAUCAACUACGUCACGGAAAACGCUAUCUGCAUAUCGGAACGGCAAAAUUUCCAUUGUCAUCGCUACAGACUGUGCCUCUCGCGGUCUUGACCUCCCCUCGCUUACACACGUCGUGAACUACGAUGUCCCUGCAAGUCUAACAUCAUAUAUCCACCGCGUGGGACGGACGGCUCGCGCGGGGAACUCUGGGUCAGCAUGGACGUUCGUUGCGCACAGGGAAGGACGUUGGUUUUCCAACGAGAUCAUGAAGUGCCCUGAAACCACAGUUGCAAGGGCAGGAAGUGUCGAGAAGGUAACGAUCAAUCUCACCGAGCAAUGGGCCGAUUUCAUAAAGAAGUAUUCAGAGGCUCUGGGAGAACUACAGGCGGAGGUCGAGGAAGGUCAUGUCAAGCAAAUAAAACCUAAGAAGGUCGAGGCUCGCUAG